AUGAAAUUUUCGAGGUUUUUCUCUAAAAUGACGGACACUGACAACGAGGAAAAAGAAAAUGGACUCGAGACCGAGGACGAUUUGGACUUCGACAUGUGGUAUGGCCAGUUUGAGUUUGUUGGACCUAAUGUGAAAGACUUUAAAGCCAACGAUUUCAAAAGUAACGGAGUUAUGGGAAUGCAUCAUCAUAAUUCGGAUAGUGACUCUGAUGAUUCGUUUCAGGUAUUACAGCAGCAGGUAGGAUAUCUUCAAGACACAGCCAACCAAAACGAUGAGAGGUAUACGAGAGCCAAAGCAGACAAUGCAGCUCUCCAAGCCAGGGUUAUUAUGUUAGAAGAACAACUUAGGGAAACUGAAAUGAGGAGCGAAGAGAAAUUACAGGAUGAACGUAGGGGGUUUAAGGACCAAAAAGCUAGAUUAGAAAGAGAAAAACAACUAUUGUUGGAUAAUGUGAAUCUAAGACUGCAGGCAUCAGAAACGGAAUGUGCAAAUUUAAAGAAAGAGAUUAACAGACAGAAAGAUGAAAUUGAUAAAUGUAAGAAUGAAAGACAGAAUCUAAUGGAUCAGGUUUCGGAUCUCACAAGUGAAGUGACUAGUGUAAAGGAAGAAAUGAAAAUGAUGAAAAACCAAGAAAUUAGGUUAAAACGUGAAUAUGAAGCUCAAGUACAACUCUCAGAAGACUUGUCGAAAGAAAUAGAAAGAUUAAGACUGGAAGCUAGAACCCCAGCUCUUCCGACCACUUCUCCCGAAACGUUGAGGUUAGAAGAGUUGCAUGAAGAAAUGUCAAAUUUACGGUCAGAAAAUUCAGAGUUGCGAGAAGUUAACGAGGAACUACAAGCUAGUUUAUUGCAUGCAGGUUUAGAAACCGGUAGGAUUCUUUCGAUAGGUGAAAAUAGUUUGGCAGCUGAAUUAGAUGUUAUGUCGCAAGACGAGGUUCAAAAAGCAUUGAAAGAGCAACAAGAAGUAAACCGGCAACUAAGAACUUACAUCGAAGGAAUACUCUUGAAUAUUGUCGAGAAUCAUCCCCAACUUCUUGAAGUCAAGCAUAGGCCUGUAUAG